AGGUGGGAUGGUGAAUAGCCAGGAACUGUUCAAAAGACGAGGUGAUGGUGGACCAGAUGAGUUGUUUUGGGAGGAGUCUGACAACAUCUACUCCGACGUUAAGAACGAAUUGUUGGAACACCAUAAAUCGUACGUCGAAGGAGAGCAGCUGAACUCCAAAACCCUGUCAAAUCUGAUCAACCAGAUCUCACAAUUUCAAGAGGACAACCUUGGUUUUGGUAACAAGUCUGAAGCGACUAGAAUUCCUAGCAGAGCGUUUUACCAACCAAAGACUCUGGCGAUUAUUCUAGGAACUAUAUACAAGUUCCGAUCUGAAAACAACUGGAGAAAGGUUGACUUCAAUACAUCUGGCCGAAUGGUAAAGCACCUCGAGAUACUAUCUGCCAUAUGGAACGCCUUCUUUGAGAUGGGUUCUCAGACUAGGAAGAAGAUUCUGUUGUCCGAGGAGUUGGAUGAGGCAACCCGGGAGAAGAUGAAAGCAAUCAUUGAGAAGCGAGGUGGUGAGAUCGUUACUAAAGAGGACGAAGCUAGUCAUAUUGUGUAUGGAGCUCCUCCUAAAUCUGCUAUCUCUGAUGAAAUAUCAUCUAACUGCUGUCCCUGCUGCUCCUUACCAAUGGAGACUAAAGGUUGGAACAACGCCAACAAAGGCAACCACAUCAACUCCUGCCGGGGAAAGAAGUUCGACAGUGGUGAUCUGGUCCGCCUGAUCACUGGAGACAGUGGGAUGAUCCUGAUACACACGUGUGGUAAACCCCCUUCCUGGGAUACGUGGGUACAUGAGGAGUACCUGGUCAGUGACUGGCAACACGAGAACUACAGGGAGGAAGGGGAGCCGUUGCACGUGCAUGCAGGCUGGGUACUGGAUACAGAACAGUUCAAUGAGUGGAUGGAUGAGGAAGACUACUGUAUCCCACACAUCAAGAAUGAUGGAACUCCCAAGAACCCCUGCCGGAAGUGGUUGCUGAAGGAUGUGUCUCUCUCUAAUAUCCCUGGAGAAGUUGCCGCUGCUGCCGCUGCUACUCCCGUUGCUGAAGAUAAAAGUAAGCGUAAGAGAACCCCAUCGCCAGUGAACAACAAAAAGAAAGUAAAGUCCAAGUCCAAGUCUAAAAAGGAGUCGAUAGACCCAACUAAAGACUUCCCAGAUCCGGUACCCGACGUUGGUACAGUGGAGAAAGUAGAAAGUCCGGGUGGACCGGGGCCAGUUAAAGGUGGCAGUUACACUGAGAUAGGAAAAGUGAUGCCAGUGGACGACAUGUCAGACGAAAAGGUGGAUGUUUUAGUGAAGGAACGCGACGGGGACAUCAGUAAGAACGAAGUGAUGCGCCGGGUACCACUCCACAACCAAGUUCAGGACCAGUCCCAUCACAUUAUUAUACCCAGCUACAGUGCUUGGUUCGACUAUAAUGCUAUACAUUCCAUUGAGAAGAGAUCGCUACCGGAGUUCUUUAACGAGAAGAACAAAUCUAAAACUCCUGAAGUGUACAUGGGAUAUCGUAACUUCAUGUUGGACACGUACCGUUUGAACCCGACUGAAUACCUGACGGUAACAGCUGCUCGGAGAAACCUAGCUGGUGAUGUCUGUGCCAUUAUCAGAGUACACGCGUUUUUGGAGCAGUGGGGACUUAUAAAUUACCAAGUAGACCUAGAAGGACGACCCUCAGCUAUGGGUCCACCCUCUACCUCUCAUUUCCAUGUCAUGGCUGAUGCACCCUCCGGUCUUCAACCUGUCUCUGUGCCUAAAGGACCUAAGAAGAAUAUUCUCCAGCCUACAUCCACUGCCACGACCGUCACAACCGCUUCACAAGUGGUCAGCGACGUGGACAAAAAACCAGUGGUGAUAAAAAGUGAGGCUGACAGUGCCACCCCCAGCCUGUCAACACCGGGACUCAAGAUGGAUCAGUACGCUAAGAAAGAUCCUCACAAGCCCUGGACUGAUCAGGAGACUUUACUCCUUCUUGAGGCGUUGGAUAUGUACAGGGACGACUGGAACAAUGUAGCAGAGCACGUAGGGACACGAACACAGGAUGAGUGUAUCAUGCACUUCCUAAAACUGCCCAUAGAGGACCCCUUCUUGGAGCCACAAACUGGUAAAAUACUGGACAAUAGUUCUCCUCCUGCUUCUAUUGACGCUGCUACAGGACCGCUCAACUACCAGCCUAUCCCCUUCUCCCAAACUGGCAACCCCGUAAUGUCCACUGUAGCAUUCCUUGCCUCUGUUGUGGACCCUCGUGUAGCUGCCUCCGCUGCUAAAGCCGCUCUUCAAGAGUUCAGUAAGAUGAAGAAUGAGAUUCCUCCAGAGCUCAUUAACAGUCAUGUUAACCAGAAGGAGAAGGAAGAGGUAGAGAAAGAAAAAACUGAGAAAGGAGAAGCUGACGGUAUAAAGAAAGAGGACGAGCCAAUGGAAACAGACGAGAACACAGACGUGAACAAGCAGGCAGACACGACCAGUACACCUAACGUCACCUCAACCACAUCUGACAACCACCUCCCCAAAUCAUCCGGUCAAGUCCGCCCACCCACCGAUGGCAACAUCCAAACUGCUGCAGCUGUGGCAUUCGCAGCGGCUGCUGUCAAGGCUAAACAUCUGGCUGCGGUAGAGGAGAGGAAGAUUAAAUCUCUUGUAGCUCUGCUUGUUGAAACACAAAUGAAGAAGUUGGAAAUUAAACUCCGACAUUUUGAGGAAUUAGAGGCUACGAUGGAUGCUGAAAGACAAGCUCUAGAGCUUCAGCGACAGCAGCUGAUCAACGAACGACAACAAUUCUACAAAGAGCUAAUAAAAGUAAAACACGGUGGAGUGAUCAACUUCCCGCCACCCCCAACCGCGGAGAUGAUACCAGGAAGUGCGACCGGAGCUCACCCUCCAGCUACAGGCCCCACACCUCCUCAACACGGCCCUGUACCCACCUCUGGGCCGCCUCCUCAUCCUGGUGCUCCUCCUACUGGGCCCCCUACCUACCCUCCUCAGCACCCUUAUCAGCCUAAUACACAGGUAUUAACGAGUGGUCCAGGAAUGCCACAACACCCUCCUCCUCACCAUGGUCCACCAGGACCACCUGGACCCCCAUCCUCCCACCCUCCCCCCUCUCAUCCUCCACCCUCUCACCCUACUUCUCACCCUCCUCAAUCUCAUCCUCCUCAAUCUCAUCCUCCCCCUCAGGGACCUCCAGCUCCUCACAUGGGUCAUCCUAGUGGGCCUCGUCCUGCCCCUCCUCCUUUUUACAAUCAGGGACAAAUGCAUCCUUCUUCUAUGGGACCAGCAGCAGUCAGACCUGGAAUGCCGCCAUAUUCCGGACAGGAGAUGAUGCGACCCCCUUAUAACAUGAGCGGGCCUCCACCACCGCAAGAACAACAGGUUCCUGCCGACCCCGUCAAAAGCGAAGGAUAGAUCAACAGAGUGUGAUGAGCUUGAGUUGAUAUAUUUACACGUUUUUAUUUCAAUAUUAGGUUGCCCAAUAAUAUAUUUUAUUUAUCAAAAGUAACCCUCAAGAUCACCGAACUGUAUCGAUCGUUAACUUUUCUAUCGAUAAUCGAUUUUUGGACAACCUACAUUUUAACACACGGAUAUUUGUAGCUAUUUAUCGUUAGAUUUAUGAUAGAUUAUCGUCUUUUUAUUAUCGAUAAGCUUGGUUUGAUACUGGAUACAAGUUCCACCAUCAGUUUUCCAGUAAGAUUAAUGAAUUAAUCUUUGACGUACUAUGAGCAAUGUCUUGUUUUGACUCUAUGCGAACGAGGUUACGAAGUAUUCGCGCCUUGAAGUUGUUUUGCAAUACGUUUUUUUUUUGAUAACUAGGGGGACUAGGAGUCUAUAUGAAUAUACGUUAUGAUCUGAUGAAUGCAGGUCAUUCUUACUUAUUUACUCAAUAAUAUGUAAGUUCAUAUGUGAGGGAUCUUGAAUUUGUUGUGGAGACAAAUUGAGAGGUAUUAUUUGACACUUUGAAGGUAGUCAAAGAAACAUAAGAAGUAGACUGGGUUGCAAAUCUGAACGGUAAAUUGUUCAUACAAUAUAUUUGUAAUUCUAUUAUUUCAUAACAUAUACAUUGCUUAA